GACGUUCCUGGCGCCAAGCUCUCUGUUCCUGCGCAAAGACACACACACACACACACACACGUACCUAUAGGUACCGGUAGUUGAGGGGAGUCGUGUGCCCCGCUGGAUUCCCUUUAAAUGGCGCUCUGCUGCAGCUCUUCCGUUUACUUCUCACACUUGUCUACCAUAUGUCUAUCGAGUCCUUCACCAUGUUAGAUAGCACAACAGAGAGCAUUCUCGUCCCCUUUCUGGGGGCCAUUCAAGCCUCCUUAUCAGUCCUGUUGACCAUAUCAGCCGGAGUCAUUGCCGCUCAGCUGGGGCUUCUAGACGAUGCCAGCAGCAAGAAGAUUUCGACAUUCUGCGUCCGCAUGGCCCUCCCUGCACUCCUCAUCACAAAUGUCGGAUCUCAGCUUGACCUCGAGACUGGAAUGCGAUACGUGCCUAUAGUCAUUUGGGCUAUAUUCUACACCACCGUCUCCAUUGGCAUUGGCUUCCUCCUCACAAAGGUCUUCGGCAUGCCGGACUGGGUCAUCCCGGCCAUUGCCUUCAAUAACACAACCAGUCUGCCUCUCUUGCUCGUCCAGUCUCUGGAUGCCACGGGCAUUCUUAGCUCCAUAGACGACAGUUCGGGCGUUGUGAGCAAGGCAAAGAGCUACUUCUUGGUCAACGCCAUGAUUGGUAAUUCGUUGACUUUCGCUCUGGGGCCAAGACUUCUCAAUGGCCAAGAGGAGGAAGCCCCUGACAAGCCCGGGGACGACAACGAAGACGGCCAAACUGACGGCGAGAAUGACAUCGAGUCGCAAGAACAGGAUGCCGUUGAGAGGAACGAGCAGACGUCGCUCCUCCCGAAACCGGUCGCGGCCAAAGGCACCCGCGCCGGAUACUUGGCCUACGGAAAAGGUAGCAAGUUCUGGUCUUCUCUCUCACCCACAACGCGCUCUAUUCUCGACUUCCUGUACAGCUUCAUCAACGCUCCCGUUAUUGGAGCUCUUCUCGGAGCCCUUGUUGGCCUUGUCCCUGCGCUCCAUCGUUUGUUCUUCAACGAGCCUGAGGAGGGUGGCUACCUCAAAGCAUGGCUCACCUCUGCCAUCAAAAACGUUGGCGAACUGUUCGCUGUAUUGCAGGUCAUCGUCGUCGGUGUGAAGCUUUCCAGAGCGAUUCUCCAAUACAAGAACGGAAACGACUCAAAAGAAAGCAGAGUUCCCCCAGUGCCAUUCAUGGUUGUGACCUUUAUCAGGUUCAUCCUUUGGCCCAUCAUCUCAAUUGGAAUUAUUUACCUGCUGGCUAGCCGGACGAACCUGGUUACCCAGGACGCGCUGUUGUGGUUUUGCAUGAUGCUCAUGCCCACCGGACCCCCGGCAAUGAAGCUGUCUGCGCUAGCAGAUUGUGAGGGCUCCGAAGACUCUGAGAAGAUGUUGAUUGCCAAGUUCUUGACUAUGUCGUACAUAAUCUCACCCCUGAUCUGUUUCGCGGUUGUCGGUGCCUUGAAGGCGAGCGAGUCUGUGGCCGGAAAAUAGAUUAUAGAGUCUUUUGAGUGUACUUUACAGAUGCCUUGACUGAGUGAGAAGGCCACUAGAAUUUGGAUAUACGGAGCAGCAUACACCAGCCUUCAUACAAUACAAAAGCUUGCGUUUUAGAGAAAAGUAUACGAUAACUUGCUCCAGUUCAAACCAUUUUCUGUCUAUUUUGC